GGCAUCUCAAGCUUCCUUCUACUUCUCAUUCCACCAUACCGCUCCAGAUGCAACUUUCCUAAGGCGUCCUUUUGCACCGUUGACCUCGUUUGUAGCUUUUGUUAGACCAAUACGCCUCAUAUUGUUACCUUUUGCCGUAUUCACUCUCUCAGAGGCCGGGAUUGACCCUUCGCAACAAAGCGGAAGACUUAUGCCAGAUAUCUCUUCGGCCAGCACCAUGAUUGCUUCGCGACCUCCCUUCAAUUCCGAUUCGCCUCCAUCGAUCGCUAUGCGUGGUGUUGGGGUCACAAGCGACCUUGCUCAAGUCCAGCGAACGCUCACGUCCCAACAGUCGAAGCCUUCUCUGACGUCGAGUAGCACGUCCGAUUUAGGGGCUAGCGCUGAUUCCCAGCCAGGGAUAGGCCCUUCAACAACUACCGUCAACGACGAGUCUGAGGUUCCCGAUGGGGCCAUAAUUGACGCACUCAAGAAUGCAAAGGAAAGACUGUUUGUUCUACGGAUCGGAGAGCAGAUGGAGAACCUAAUUCAAGAGCGGGCGAAACCUUCCUUUGAGAUAUCGCCCUCAACUUCCUAUCAGCGCAUGCUGGUGCAUAGAUCGGCACAAUAUUACAAGCUUUCUCAGGAGACUGAUGUCCAAACGAAGGCCAUUGUUGUUGGUAUCACUUCGGAUUCAAGAAUACCAUCGCUUCGUAUGGCGGAGAUUGUACCGGUCGAGAACGCACCCGCUCCAGCCUUCAAAAUUAUGCGCCGAUCAGCCAAUGAUCGACCGGUACCACGGAAAGCCCUCUCGAAUUCUGGGGAAGGCGAGUCAGAUGACGGACAAGGUUCUGAGGCGGGAAGCUCCAUAAAAUCCGUGGGUUUAGCCCAGAGGAAGAAGCAACACAUGACAAUUGCUGAGCGUGAGGCUGCUUACAACGAAGCACGAUCACGAAUCUUCCUUAGUGAAACCCCCGUUGCCAGCGCUGCAAGUUCGAGUACCCAGAGUUUGAACAGCACCCCUGUUACUGGCGACAGCACUGCCAGCGUUACGAGCGACGAUGUGGGUCCAGCAACUCCUUCCGAGACAUUCGUGCCUAAAGGAAAUCAGAAGAAGCGUCACAACCCCAGUAAGGAACGGAGGAAUGAGUCUCAACGGGCGUCACCGAAAACUCCGUAUGAUGUGGGUGACGAUUCAGAUUUCAAUCGUAACGCCUUCACCUAUCCAUCUCUGUACGAGCCCUCGGCAUCCGUGGCUACGCCUUUCGACCCAUUGCAGUAUAUGGGAGCCGCGCAGGCACCGCCUCAAGCUAAUGAAAACGGGCCUGUCCCAAUGGCUUAUCCUUCGUAUCCGCCAUUUGCUGGUUACCCUGCCCCAUACAUGGCACACUAUCCUUUCUACCCGUAUGACCCACGACAGUUUCCUUACCAUCUUCCGCAGCCAAAUAGCGACGCCCAUAACACAGCUAUUCCACCGCCAAAUGCACCUCAGAAUGGGCCAUCGUACCCCGUGUAUCCUCCCGGCGGACCCUGGUAUCCUCCUCCAGGGCAAGUGAUGCCACCGCCACUUGGGGUACCCGUUCCCACAAAUACGAAUAGUCCCCGGAUGGGACUACCUGUACCCACCGGCCCAUCCAACCCAUCUCAGUUUCCAAUAUAUCCGCCAGGACAACCAUAUUACUUCACACCGCCACCUCAGCAACACGGAAGUCCCCUCACUGAAAGUCCUAUCCAGCAGCAUCCGACCCCCUCAAUGAUGCCCCCAUUCACUCCUCCACGGGAUAAUGGCUUCCAAACCCGUGCUCAACCCAUGUCUAGAACUUCGUCUCGUGGCAGCAUCCAGAAUUCACCUGGUGGGGUGGGUUCUCGGUUAAGGCUUGGCACGGGGAGUAUUGGUCUGGGAACUGCGCCCCUAGUGAGGCAACCGUGGAUUCACAGUCCAGGGAUGAGCGUGCCCAUGAGGAGUGAUAAGAGGAAAGGACCUUCGAGCGGUUCGAGGGCUGGAUCUGUUUCUAGUCGAUCAGGUUCUGGAGGGGCGAUGACUCCCGCAGAUGAGACAGGGUCAAUUGCUUCGUCGGAGACUUCAUCAUCAUCAUCAAGAAAAACAUAUACUUCAACAGCUUCUUCUGUUCAUCCACUGCCGCCCCGUCCUGAUUGGGCCAUUGGGCUCACACCCCCACGGUCACACAGUAGCCACAGCAGGAAUUCCAGCUCCUCGAACUCUACCUCCGCCCUUCAAUCCAUCUCUGACUUCCCUCCGCUCCCGUCUGGAGGGAUUGUUCAAAGUGUGACGACGCUCGCAGGAAGCAAGGCAUCAGAGCCUGGCGUAUCCAACGUAGUGAUCACUGCGGGCGUAACGCCUAUCUCUAAGGGCGUGUGGAAAUCGCCGUUGGUAAACCGGCCACUUCUACUGCCGAGCGUCCAGCCAGAUCCAACUCCCAUGCAACAGUCCCUGCAAUCGCCUCAGCAGCACACGCAGCACUCACCGCAUCCAUCCAAUGGCGUUUCGGGUGCGGUACAUUUGGGGGUGGGAAUGACACUCCCCCCUUUGACUUUUCCCCCUCCCAACCGCACGUUUAACCCUGGAUCUGUCCCCAAUCUUCCUCAGCCUCCAAUCAAUCAUUCCACUGCAUUUCGACAGUUCCCGGGUUUGCACACUCGGCUUGACGAGCACGACGGCUCGUUUAACAGACCCCCUCCGAAAUCGGUGGAAUUAUUCAACCCCAAGGGUGGCAACCAGCCGAAGAGGACACCAGGUGCCACACCGCCACAUCCUGUGACCCCGCCGGUGACCCAACCGACGCCAGAAAGUUGCGACGGGGGUAAGGAUUCUGUCGUCAACGUGCCGGUGCUGAACAGAGGAUCCGUCAAUACUGAAACUGAAGACCGGAUCCGGGGGGAAGCGGUCGCAAAUGCGAUACUUGUGGAUAAGCUCGCCGAUCUUGAGAUCGGGUUUGACAAGGAUUCGAACUCAACGAUAGGGAAUGAUGGCAAGGGAACCGAUAGACCUCUAACUUUCAGCUCAACUUCGUCUCUUCUCGAAAUUUCAAAUACCGAAUUUCCGAAAGAUACAAUCAGCACUGUUGCACUAGCCCCACCCAUGGCCGUCGCUAUGAGUGACUGAUUCCAACUGUGCAUAAUGCAUGUGUGGCCCCCCGGUUUAGAGGUUGGGGAAGCAUUACACGGGUCCAGUAGAAUGCCUGGGGACAUUAGGCGCUUAAUACUCGUUGCUUUCAUCAGUAGUUAGUUGUUUUUCUGCCGCAUUAUUAUUGUUGUUCAUUUCUUGUAAACUUUGUGCUUUUGUCAUGGGGUGAUGUUGAAACUAUCAUGUUGAUGAAAUUCUUGGCGGCUUUGAUUGAUGCUGGGGAGCAAAAUCAACCCCAAGCAAGAACCAUAAAAACACCAUUCUACACCGUAAGUACAACUCUGUGGUCCCUUUAGCUAACCCUACACAAGAAAUGAUUUGAUAUGCGGCCCCGGCUCUUCGUUACGGGAGACUGUCCAUAUGUUAUAUGUC